GGGGAAACCUUAGAAACUAUAACCACAGCAACUGUGUGCCUAUUCAGCGCCCAGCCUCAGCUUGCUGACCAAGUCCCUCCACUUGGUCAUCUUCACAAGAUAAUCCAGGCCAUGAAUCACAAGAACAACGCCAUUCCGAAAAGUGCCAUUCGUGUCAUGCACAUACUGUCUGACAAUGAGCUUUGUGUUCGAGCAAUGGCAUCACUUGAGACCAUUGGCCCUCUCAUGAAUGGAAUGAAAAAGAGAUCCGAUAUAGUUGGUGUAGCCUGUGAAGCCCUUAAUCGGAUGUUUCAGAAGGAACAAAAUGACUUAGUAGCCCAAGCUCUGAAAGCAGAUUUGGUCCCUUAUCUUCUAAAACUGCUAGAAGGUAUUGGCCUUGAAAACUUGGAAAGCCCAUCUGCCACAAAAGCUCAAAUUGUGAAAGCUCUCAAGUCCAUGUCUCGCAGCCUACAGUACGGGGAGCAGGUAUGUUCUGACCAGCCCUUAACUGGGCUUUGUGCACCUGCAAAAUCCAACACUGAACAAGUCUUGACCCAUCUUACUGUGGCUUUUGUGUUCAGCUCCACCUGGAACAUUAACAACCUAUAG